AGUUAUUCGAGAGAUGGCGGAGGACUAAUCGGGGAAACAUCUCCAACGCACACCCUCCACCUCCACGACUAAUUAAAAUUCCCAAACACUGCAUCGUCUCUCCCACGUUGGUUCCAACCCCCUCCUUCCCUCCCUCUUCAGAUCCGAUCUCUCCAACACACGGGCACACACCACCAGCCCUCCUCCGCCGUCUCGCUCCAGGGAGCUCUAGCCACCGCCGCCUGCCGCCAUGGCGGCGGCCAACGCCCCCAUCGCCAUGCGUGAGGCGCUCACGCUGACGAGCCUGGGGAUCGCGCCACAGUUCGUCACCUUCACCCAUGUCACCAUGGAGUCGGACAGGUACAUCUGCGUCCGGGAGACCUCGCCGCAGAACAGCGUCGUUAUCAUCGACAUGGCCAUGCCCAGCCAGCCCCUCCGCAGGCCUAUCACCGCCGAUUCCGCGCUCAUGAACCCCAACACUAGGAUCCUCGCGCUCAAAGCCCAAAUAGCUGGAACGACGCAGGAUCACCUGCAGAUCUUCAAUAUUGAAGCUAAAACAAAAGUAAAGUCGCACCAGAUGCCUGAGCAGGUUGUGUUCUGGAAAUGGAUCACCCCCAAGUUGUUGGGCUUGGUAACACAGACAUCUGUUUAUCACUGGUCAAUUGAAGGAGAUUCUGAACCCACCAAGAUGUUUGAUAGGACAGCUAAUCUGGCCAAUAAUCAGAUUAUUAACUACCGUUGUGACCCGGCAGAGAAGUGGCUCGUGCUUAUUGGAAUUGCACCUGGUGCUCCUGAGCAGAGGCCGCAGUUGGUGAAGGGAAAUAUGCAACUUUUCUCUGUUGAUCAGCAGCGUAGCCAGGCACUUGAAGCCCAUGCAGCAUCUUUUGCAACUUUUAAGGUUCCUGGCAACGAGAAUCCAUCAACACUCAUCUGUUUUGCCUCGAAGGCAACUAAUGCUGGACAGAUUACUUCUAAGUUACAUGUUAUUGAACUGGGGGCCCAGCCAGGGAAACCUGGUUUUUCCAAGAAGCAAGCCGAUCUCUUCUUCCCACCAGAUUUUCAGGAUGAUUUUCCUGUAGCCAUGCAGAUCUCUCAAAAGUAUGGACUUGUUUAUGUAAUUACGAAGCUUGGCCUUUUGUUUGUGUAUGACUUGGAAACUGCUGCAGCAGUUUAUAGAAAUAGAAUCAGUCCAGAUCCUAUAUUCUUGACAGCAGAGUCUUCUACAACUGGUGGAUUUUAUGCCAUCAACAGAAGAGGGCAGGUCUUACAUGCCACAGUUAAUGAUGCGACUGUUGUGCCUUUUGUCAGCGGCCAAUUAAAUAACCUUGAGCUAGCUGUGAAUCUUGCCAAAAGAGCUAACCUUCCUGGGGCGGAGAACUUGGUUGUGCAAAGAUUUCAGGAACUGUUUUCACAAACAAAAUACAAGGAAGCGGCGGAGCUCGCCGCAGAAUCCCCUCAGGGUCUUCUGCGAACCCCUGAGACUGUCGCAAAAUUUCAGAGUGUUCCUGUUCAAGCUGGGCAAACGCCUCCACUGUUGCAGUACUUUGGCACAUUGCUAACUCGAGGGAAGCUCAAUGCUUAUGAGUCCCUUGAGUUAUCUCGACUUGUUGUCAAUCAGAACAAAAAGAACCUUCUAGAAAAUUGGUUGGCAGAAGACAAGUUGGAAUGCAGUGAAGAGCUAGGAGAUCUUGUUAAGACGGUAGACAAUGACCUUGCAUUGAAAAUAUACAUAAAGGCUAGGGCAACGCCUAAAGUUGUUGCUGCUUUUGCCGAAAGGAGGGAGUUUGACAAGAUCCUUAUAUAUUCAAAGCAGGUUGGAUACACUCCCGAUUACCUUUUCCUCCUCCAGACCAUCCUACGUACAGAUCCACAGGGAGCUGUAAAUUUUGCUCUCAUGAUGUCACAAAUGGAGGGUGGUUGUCCAUUAGAUUAUAAUACCAUAACCGAUCUCUUCCUUCAGAGAAAUAUGAUACGAGAGGCAACAGCUUUUCUGCUGGAUGUUCUGAAACCAAACUUGGAAGAGCAUGCUUUUCUGCAAACCAAGGUUUUGGAGAUCAACUUGGUGACUUACCCUAAUGUUGCUGAUGCCAUCCUUGCUAACGGUAUGUUCAGUCAUUACGACCGCCCACGCAUUGCUCAACUGUGUGAAAAGGCUGGUUUGUACUUGCGAGCCCUCCAGCACUAUGCAGAGUUGCCUGAUAUCAAACGUGUCAUUGUAAAUACCCAUGCCAUUGAACCACAGGCACUCGUUGAGUUCUUUGGAACCCUUUCAAAAGAAUGGGCACUAGAGUGCAUGAAAGACCUUCUACUGGUCAAUCUGAGAGGAAACCUUCAAAUAGUUGUGCAGGCCGCCAAAGAAUACUCUGAGCAGCUAGGUGUCGAUGGUUGCAUAAAACUAUUUGAGCAAUUUAAAUCUUAUGAGGGCCUGUACUUUUUCUUGGGAUCCUAUUUGAGCUCCAGUGAGGAUCCAGAUAUCCACUUCAAGUACAUAGAAUCAGCUGCAAGGACUGGACAAAUCAAAGAAGUUGAGCGUGUAACCAGAGAGUCUAAUUUCUAUGAUGCUGAGAAGACAAAGAACUUUCUGAUGGAAGCAAAACUACCUGAUGCCCGACCACUGAUUAAUGUUUGUGACCGCUUUGGUUUUGUUCCAGAUCUAACUCACUAUCUGUACACGAAUAACAUGCUCAGGUAUAUUGAAGGCUAUGUACAGAAGGUUAACCCUGGGAAUGCUCCAUUGGUAGUGGGGCAGCUACUUGAUGAUGAGUGCCCUGAAGAUUUCAUUAAGGGUUUGAUUCUAUCUGUCCGCUCUCUCCUUCCUGUUGAGCCACUAGUUGACGAGUGCGAGAAGAGGAACCGCUUACGUCUGCUUACACAAUUCUUGGAGCACUUAGUGAGCGAGGGUAGCCAAGAUGUGCAUGUCCAUAAUGCUCUUGGGAAAAUUAUCAUCGACAGCAACAACAACCCAGAGCAUUUCCUUACUACCAAUCCAUUUUAUGACUCUCGUGUGGUUGGUAAAUACUGUGAAAAGCGGGAUCCUACACUUGCUGUUGUUGCUUACAGGCGUGGACAAUGUGAUGAUGAACUUAUUAACGUCACUAACAAAAACUCACUUUUCAAGCUGCAAGCUAGGUAUGUGGUUGAAAGAAUGGAUGGUGAUCUUUGGGAUAAAGUUCUACUGCCUGAAAAUGAAUACAGAAGGCAGUUCAUUGACCAAGUUGUUUCUACCGCACUGCCUGAAAGCAAGAGCCCUGAGCAAGUUUCUGCUGCUGUUAAGGCUUUCAUGGAAGCUGACCUCCCGCAUGAGCUGAUUGAACUUCUUGAAAAGAUUGUCCUCCAGAAUUCUGCAUUCAGUGGAAACUUUAAUCUUCAGAACCUGCUCAUCUUGACAGCCAUUAAGGCAGACCCAUCCAGGGUCAUGGACUAUGUUAACAGACUGGACAACUUUGAUGGCCCUGCUGUCGGAGAAGUAGCUGUCGAGGCACAACUGUAUGAGGAGGCUUUUGCCAUAUUUAAGAAGUUCAACUUAAAUGUUCAGGCUGUCGAUGUUCUGUUAGAUAACAUCCAAAGCAUAGAAAGAGCUGAAGAGUUUGCAUUCCGUGUUGAAGAAGAUGCUGUUUGGAGCCACGUUGCCAAGGCCCAGUUGCGUGAAGGUCUAGUCAGUGAAGCAAUUGAGUCAUUCAUCCGUGCAGAUGACGCAACACAUUUCCUUGAUGUCAUCCGUGCUGCUGAGGAAGCUGAUGUAUACCAUGAUCUUGUCAAGUACUUGCUGAUGGUAAGGCAAAAGGCAAGGGAGCCCAAAGUCGAUGGAGAACUCAUCUUUGCAUAUGCAAAGAUUGAUAGGCUCAGCGACAUUGAAGAGUUUAUUCUUAUGCCAAAUGUUGCUAAUCUCCAAAAUGUUGGUGACCGGCUUUACGAUGAAGAACUUUAUGAAGCUGCAAAGAUCAUCUAUGCCUUCAUCUCUAACUGGGCUAAGUUGGCUGUCACCCUGGUCAAGCUGAAGCAGUUCCAAGGAGCUGUAGAUGCUGCUCGCAAGGCUAACAGCGCUAAAACAUGGAAGGAGGUCUGCUUUGCUUGUGUUGAUGCUGAGGAGUUCCGUCUAGCACAAAUAUGCGGUCUCAAUAUCAUCAUUCAGGUUGAUGACUUGGAAGAAGUGAGUGAAUACUAUCAGAACAGAGGAUGCUUCAAUGAACUUAUUUCUCUCAUGGAGAGUGGUCUUGGACUUGAGCGUGCGCACAUGGGCAUCUUUACAGAACUUGGAGUCCUUUAUGCUAGAUACCGCCCUGAGAAGCUCAUGGAACACAUCAAGCUUUUCUCCACCCGGCUGAAUAUUCCUAAGCUUAUCCGUGCUUGUGAUGAACAACAACACUGGAAAGAGCUUACGUACCUAUACAUCCAAUAUGAUGAAUUUGACAAUGCUGCUACCACUAUUAUGAACCAUUCUCCAGAUGCAUGGGAUCAUAUGCAAUUUAAGGAUGUUGCUGUUAAGGUCGCAAAUGUUGAGAUAUAUUACAAGGCUGUGCACUUCUAUUUGCAAGAACACCCUGAUCUCAUCAAUGAUCUUCUCAAUGUGCUUGCGCUUCGCUUGGAUCACACAAGAGUUGUAGACAUAAUGCGCAAGGCUGGUCAGUUGCAUCUUGUGAAACCAUACAUGGUUGCUGUUCAGAGCAACAAUGUCUCUGCUGUCAAUGAAGCAUUGAAUGAGCUUUAUGUUGAGGAGGAGGACUAUGAGAGGCUCCGUGAGUCAGUUGACAUGCAUGAUAACUUUGAUCAGAUAGGUCUUGCCCAGAAGCUUGAGAAACAUGAAUUGCUUGAGAUGAGGAGGAUUGCUGCCUACAUUUACAAGAAAGCUGGCAGAUGGAAGCAAUCUAUUGCCCUAUCGAAGAAAGACAACAUGUACAAGGAUUGCAUGGAAACAUGCUCACAGUCUGGUGACCGUGAGCUGUCGGAGGAUUUACUCGUCUAUUUUAUCGAGCAGGGAAAGAAAGAAUGUUUUGCUUCUUGCCUCUUCAUUUGUUACGACUUGAUUCGUGCGGAUGUUGCUCUCGAGCUUGCAUGGACAAACAACAUGCUGGACUUUGCUUUCCCCUACCUAUUACAGUUCAUCCGUGAGUACACAAGCAAGGUAGAUGAUCUGGUGAAGGACAGGAUUGAAUCGCAGAAAGAAGAAAAAGCCAAAGAGCAGGAAGAGAAGGACGUCGUUGCUCAGCAGAACAUGUACGCUCAAUUACUCCCUCUCGCCUUGCCUGCUCCGCCUGGUAUGGGGGGUCCACCUCCGAUGGGCGGGAUGGGUAUGCCUCCAAUGGGCGGGAUGGGUAUGCCUCCGAUGGGUGGGAUGGGUAUGCCUCCGAUGGGUCCUGGUCCGAUGCCGGCAUAUGGGAUGCCUCCAAUGGGAAACUACUGAGUCGGCUUUUGAAGAACAUAGAUGAUGUCGAUUGUUUCAGUCUUUUUUUACACAGAGGGAGCAUGAGGAUCCCAAAGGUAUCUUUCAAGUUGUAGAUUGAUUUGGGCUAUUGGUUGUUUCAGUUAAUAUUCUUUUGGUACCGGGGCAAUUUUGGCGAGCAAUAUCUCUAGCCGAGGUAGAGUAAAUUUACUGGUUGCUAUAUAUUAUGAUCGGGUAGGAUGAGGAUGAGAUUAGGUUCCAGCUGAAGAAUGAGAGGUGGAAGACUGGUACCAUUUGUAUAGCUUGUGUGAUAAAAAGACUAGACAUUUUGGGUGUACACUCCUCCGUGUUGGUGUUGCCACCCGUGAACAUAACACUGCUUGUAUGUUAUAUGUUACACUUUGUGUUCAGAGGUUUGGGUUUUGUACCUGGAAGAAUGCUUUUGUUGAA